CCAAGCUAGCGUACGAAAACAAAUACUCGUUUCGCUACGAAGCACCAUGUGCAAAAGCCACUGCAUGCUCCCGAUAGGAGAACAAGGAAGACUCAAGUACCGCGACACCCGCGCCCAAGGGCUUUCAUUUUCCUCCUUCGCAAGCGUUUCUUUCAUUUCGCGUCUGUUUCACUUAUUUUCUGCACGUUUUUCCCUUCCAUAGUCGCGAGUUAUCGUCCAAAUGACCGUGUUCGCUUCAGAUGCCGCUGCUUUGGAGGCAGCAGGAAAGAAGCAGGUGUUGAAGCGGGAAUGGAACUUUUGGGCGUUGCUGGGUAUGUCUGCGUGCACCCUGUGUACGUGGGAAGCCACGAGCGCUCUAUUUGCUGGUGCUUACAGCAAUGGUGGUCCUGCCUCUGUUGUAUACGGGUUUAUCGUGUCGGUGCUGGGAACUCUAUGCAUCGCAGGCUCCUUUGCUGAGAUGGCGUCUAUCUCGCCAAUUGCCGGAGCCCAGUAUCACUGGAGUGCUGAGCAUUCGCCUGCCAGAUGGCGAGCAAUCAUCAGCUACGUGCAAGGCUGGGUUACCAUCACUGGAUGGGUCGCAGCUGUGGCAUCCGUCUGUUACUUGAUCGCGACCAUGAUUCAAGGAGUUGCAAUCCUCAACUAUUCCGGCUACGAAGCGAAACGGUGGCACGCAACACUUAUGAUGAUUGGGUUUGCUGGAAUUGCCGCUCUGGGAAACACUUACGGCAAGAAAUUUCUGCCGCUCUGGGAGACCUUGGGAGGUUUUCUUCACGUGCUAUUCUUCUUCAUCGUCUUUAUCGCCAUUCUCGCCACUAGCACGAAGGCCAGCGACAAGGACGUCUGGGGCACAUUCAUCAACGCCGGCGGCUGGAGCAGUGAUGGUGUCAGCUUUUGUAUUGGGUUCCUCACACCGGCCUUCGCACUUGCGGGUGUGGAUGCGGUCGUCCACAUGAGCGAGGAAGCGUACAAUGCGCCUCUCAACAUUCCUCGCGCGAUGAUUUGGUCAGUCACAAUCAACGGAUUGGCUGGCUUUGCAUACAUCAUCACCAUUCUUUACGCCAUCACUGAUACAGAUGCGGUUUUUGCGACCCCUACCGGGUACCCUAUAAUCGCGGUUUUUCUGCAAGCCACCAACAAUCAGAAGGCGGCGACCGCGAUGAUGACCGGAGUCAUUAUUGUUUUCACCAUGAACCUCUUUGGGUGCACAGCAUCAGUCUCCCGCCUUAUCUGGGCAUUUGCGAGAGACCAUGGUCUUCCGUUCUCCGGCUUCUUCUCACACAUCACUCCUUGGAACAAAUGUCCAACGAAUGCCGUCCUCGCGAUUUUCGUCUCCGUAUCCCUGCUCUCCCUUAUCAACAUCGGGUCGACCACCGCUUUCAAUGCCCUGAUCUCUCUGACAACACUGGGCUUUUACUUCUCCUAUGCGAUCCCGACCGUCAUGUUUGCUAUCCGGCGAUACAACGUCUCCAAUCCUAUCAAUUUCGGACCUUGGACCUUGGGCAAGUUCGGUCUUCUGGUCAACGUCCUUGCGGUCGCAUUCUGCAUUUUCCUCAUCAUCUUCUUGCCGUUCCCGCCUUAUCUUCCAGUCACAGGACCGAACAUGAAUUACGCCUCUCCCGUAUUCGGAUUCGUCAUGAUUUGUGCUACUGCCAAUUACGUCCUGCGAGCUCGCAAGAAGUUUACCGGCCCUAUCAAGGAGGUGAGCAGCGAGACUAGCAGUGAGGAGGUCGCUCAUGAGACUGUCCUUCCGGAGAAGCAGACUGCCAGCUCGGAGUCUUCUUGAAGAAGAAUCCUUGGUCCGUCAGCUCGUGUUGGAUUGCUCGGCCCUGGCUCUUGACACCUAACAUUUGAUCAAGGUGUACAGUGAUUUGGAGGACGGCUCAAAACUCACUUUGCCUGAUCUGCACUUUGUACAUAUACUCGUACAUACAUCAUCGUUUCCACAGAAACGGCAAUUCAAAGUUCAAGCCAAAAGCAAGCAUAUUGAAAG